AUGGAGAACGAAAGCGACGUCUGCGAAGCGCACGUGUGGCAGGCGGAGGGCGGGCUGACCGAGGCGGCGCUGCUGGAGGUGUUCGCGUGGCUGGGCGGCGCGGAGCUGGCGCGCGCGGGCGCCGUGUGCCGCGCCUGGCGCGCCGCCGCCGCCGCGCCCGCGCUGUGGCGCCGCCUGCUGGCGCGCGCGCCCGGCGCAGCCUCGCUGGACGCGCUCUACGAGAGCCGUGAAUGGCGGUCGGAGUACGUGAACGCGGCGGCGCCCUGGGAGCUGCGCGCGCGGCUGGCCGCGGGCGCGCCGCUGGUGCACGCCGCGCUGGCGCCCGGCGGCGCGCGCCUGGCGCUGGCCACCGACGACGCCGCGGUCCUGAUUUGGGAGCGAACCGAAGAAGACCAGUGGCGCCCGGCGUGGAGCCGCAGCGUGCGCGCGCGCGGCUGGCGGGGCGUGGCGCGCGCCGAGUGGCCGCGCGCCGACAGCCGCCGCCUGCUGCUGGCCGGCCCGCUCGCCGCCGCGCGCCGCUGGGAGCUGCUCGUGCUGCAGCAGCAAGAGCGCGAGGAGGAGUGGUGCGUGGUGAGCCGCGCGGGCUGCAGCGCGGGCGCGGGCGGCUGCUGGGCGGGCGGCGCCGCCUUCGUGGCGCUGGAGCUGCGCCAGCUCGGCGCCGCGCACUACGCCACCACCGUCUGGCUCAACGCGGCCACGCAGGAGACUCAGUCGGAGUACGCAGGGGUGACAACGCCGCUGCUGCGAGUGUACAACGAGGAGAAAGCGACUAUCACGCACGUGGCGGUGGCCGAGGCGCCGCUGGAUUGCGCCGGCGACCGGGCGCUCCGUGACUCAAGCCAGGUAGGGCAAUCUAGAACUCACGCCACACUCCAGACACUAGUGUGCGGUUUCAGUGGAACCAGCGGCGCACUGCGUGCGUGGGGGCUGAGCGCCCUCCAGCCGCCGCCGCUCCUCGCGACCGGCGACCUGCGAGCGCGCGCCGCCGCCCGCCGCGCCGCCCGCCGCGCCGCCGCCGCCGCCGCCGACCCCGACGCCGACGCCGCUGAACCAGAACUAGACGAGGCCGCGGUGCGGGCCAUGUGCACACCUCAUGAGCACGAGUGCCGACUGCCUGGGCCUCUUGUCGGCCUUGUCAUACAAACUGACGGGCGCUGCGCGUGGGCGUGCACGGCGGGCGCGCGCGUCACGUGCGUGGCGCUGCCGGCGUUGCGCGCGCUGCGCUGCCUCGCGCCGCCCGCCCCCGACCCCGCGCCCGCCCUGUUCGACCUUCACUACGUGCAUCCAGCUGUCUCGGACUGCUACAUAGUUGCGCCAGCAGGCGGCCGCUCCGGCGCCGUGUGCGUGUGGAGCGCGCGCAGCGGCGCCCGCGGGCCCGCGCUCGCGCACGCCGCGCCCGCGCUGGCCGCCGCGCUGCCGCCCCCCGCGCCCCUCACGCCCCGCGAGCCACACGCGCCCCCCGCGCCGCGCACGCUGCUCGUGCUCGCCGCCGACCACAUCUACGUUUGGAGGAGUCGAGCGACGCCGCAACCUGACCGGGCUGCUGCAGACACCUGGCUGCCCUGCGACUCGAGUUGAUUACGCUGUCCAGAAUGAAUAAGGAAGAAGUUGCACUUACUAUUGAUUGUUUCUGAUUAGUUCUGACGACAUUAAACAAUUUUCAUGUAGCCCAUAUUUUUUAUAGGUAAACAUUAUUUCACCUAUCAACAGGAAAUAGUUACCUACGUUCUUUUUAUGGGUCCCGUACCCAGAGGGUAAAAACGGAACCCUAUUAGGACCCUUUCCCACAGAAAUCCCGUUUCGCGGGAUUCAGUAAUGCAAACUGGACUGUCGUGUGAACGUACAAGUUAAUUACAAAUUCAAACAAAUCGGUUUUUUACGGGGCACUGUAAACGGGAUGUUCGUGUCAAUGUUAUUAAAACACGAAAAAAACAGUUCCUGCAAAAAACGGGAUGUCUCCGCUCCGUGGGAAAGAGCCCUUACUAACA